AAGAACCUUGACAUCAGAGGCGCGCUGCACCUCAAGAGGCAAGUGAUCUUGUUUAUUCUGUGCGUUGGCGUGUGUCAGAGCGGGGCCGAAAUCCUCCACUAUUCGCUGGCGGAGGAAAUGGAGAGGGACUCCUUUGUCGCCAAUAUUGCAAAGGACCUGGGGGUUGCUCCGAGCCAGCUCGCAGCUCGCAAGGCCCGCGUUGUGUCCCAGGGGAACGAGCAGCUCUUCCGCCUCAAUCAAAACACCGGAGUCCUGACGGCAAAGGAGUCGCUGGACCGAGAGGAGAUCUGUCCGCAGAGCGAUACCUGCACGCUCUUCUUUAAAAUAUUCUUUGAAAAUCCGUUGCAGCUGAUCCGAGGGGAGGUGGAGGUUCGUGACGUGAACGACAACUCCCCCGUGUUCCUGCAGAAGGAGAUGGUUUUAGAGAUUCUCGAAACGACAUCUCCCGGGUCCCGUUUCCCUCUGGAAAGCGCCCAGGACAAGGACGUGGGCAGCAACGGCUUGCAGAACUACAGCCUCGGGUCCAAUUCAUAUUUCUCCCUCGCUCUCGGAACAGGGAAAGGUGGAGCAAAAUACGCGGAGCUCGUCCUAGAGCGGCAGCUAGACCGCGAAGAGCAGCGAGAGCUGAAUUUACUCCUCACCGCCACCGACGGGGGCUCGCCACCCAGGUCGGGCACGGCUCAGGUCCGGAUCGUGGUGGUGGAUGCCAAUGACAACAUCCCGGUGUUCGGUCGGGAGGUCUACGAGGUGCGCCUGGCCGAGAACAGCCCCCCGGAGCAGCUGGUAGUCAGAGUCGUGGCCAUGGAUCCCGACGAAGGGUCCUACGGGAAAGUGCGGUACGCCUUCACCCAGACAUCAGAGAGGUCUCGGCAGCUCUUCGAGCUGAACCCUGCAACUGGGGAGAUACGGGUCGCGGGUAACCUGGACUUCGAGGAAGCGAAAAACCACGAGAUGGUUGUGAAAGCCACCGACGGCGGGGGGCUGUCUGCGCAUUGCAAAGUGCAGGUGGAGGUCCUGGACGUGAAUGACAACGCCCCGGAGAUAGCGCUUACCUCCCUCACUGCCUCCAUUCCGGAGGACGCCCCGCCCAGGACCGUGGUGGCCCUGUUCAGUGUGCGGGACCGGGACUCCGGGGACAACGGCAGGACGGAGUGCGCGAUCAACGAGGACUUGCCCUUCAGUCUCACCCCCACUUUUGAUAAUUACUACGAACUGAGAACAAACGCGGCGCUGGACAGGGAGAGGAUGGCGGAGUAUAACAUCACCAUCACAGCCAUGGACUGGGGCGCCACACGGCUGAGCUCCCGGGAAAGCAUCUUCGUGCAGAUAUCGGACAUAAACGACAAUCCCCCAGAGUUCACCCAGGAGAUUUACACCAUGUCGGUCGCAGAGAACAACAGCCCCAUGCUCCGGAUCGGCAGCGUGAACGCCACGGACGCCGAUGCGGGAAAAAACGCCCGCGUAAACUACGCGCUGGUGCGGCAGGAGGGCAAGGAGCAGCCGGACGUGUUGGUCAACUCCGAAAACGGAGACGUUUACAUCCUCCGCCCGCUGGACUACGAGGAGGUGCGCACCUUCGAGGUGGCAGUGCGUGCUGCCGACGGCGGCACGCCGCCGCUCAGCGCCCAGGCGGUCCUGUGCGUGGUGGUGCGGGACGAGAACGACAACGCGCCCGUCGUGCUGCACCCGCCCCCCGACAGCAGCGCGGCGGCGGGCGAGCUGGUGCCACGCUGGGCGCAGGCAGGUUACCUGGUGGCCAAGGUGGUGGCGGUGGACGCGGACGCGGGGCAGAACGCGUGGCUGUCGUACGAGCUGGUGAAGGCGACGGAGCCGGGGCUGCGACGGGCUGGACGUGGCAGGCACGGGCAGUAUGUCGCCGUCUUACCGCUACGAAGUGUGCAUGACCACCGGCUCGGGGAGCAGCGAAUUCCACUUCCUGAGGCCCGUCCUGGCCAGCCCGCAAAGCAACGCUGA